AAUGAUUGCGCACAUAUUUAUACAAACACUCCCAAAAGAUGUUCGUUUAUCAAACAAGAGGAACGAAUAUCGUAAAGAAUACUGUUUCCAUUUUCAGUUUAAUCUUCGUCUUUCUUCUCGUUCUUCCUCCAGUUGCAGAGCUUAAUCCAAUUUAUCCGCUGCUUCUUCUGCGUUCUUGUACUGGUUCCAGUCAUUCUGUUCGCUCUCCAAUCGGAAGAAUCUAUUUUUUGUGUGGUUUUGUAGGUUAUAAUUAUGCGAGUUUUUUAGUGAAGCAAAUGGAAACGGACUGUCUUGAUACGCUUUUGAAUACAAAAUUCUUCACUCCUUGCAAUCUUCAUCCUAGUCUCCAGACAUAUAAAUUCUGCAUUGAUUGUAGUGUUAGCUUCUGCACGAAUUGUACAGUCCAUAAUCAUCAUCGGCAGGUUCGUAUCUGGAGAUAUUCCUAUCAUGAUGUUGUGCGCGUUCAGGACAUGAAGUAUCACUUUUGCUGUGCAGGGAUUCAGGUUUCUGUGAACUCAAAGUUCAAGGAACAGAGCAUUGGAACCAUCAUAUAUCCAAGCCCGGAAUCCAUUAACUUAUCAUUCAAGGAAAAAAGCAGCCCAGAAACCGAAGCAUGGGAAUUGGAAUCAACCAUAUCAGUUGCAGAGUCCACAGAAGAGACCCAAGCUACCUCUUCAUCUUCAAGGCCAAGAAAACGCAGAAGGAAAGGCAUCCCUUGCAGGUGUCCAUUUUUUUUGACAAGAAGAUAAGAUGCAACAUUUUCAUCUCCUUUUUA